CAGUCGCCUACUCGUCGUCGAGCGGUUCGCUUGUGAAUAGGCUUUUUGUGGCUCAGUGGGGUUGCCUUUUAUGGUGAUCUAAAGGUUGUGGAAUUAUUUCUUCAGAGUUUGUGAUGUUAUAAGUGAUCAAUUAUCUCCUCAAUAUCCAGGAAGAAUGUUUGGCAGCUUAGAAUGGGUUUCAACGCUCCUCCUAUUGACAGUUGUAGUUGCUGUCAGGGCAGACUACCCACCACCAGAAAGAUUGACAGGGAUGAAUCCUUGUAUCAGCAAGCAGACUUGCCAUGAAUGCAUACAAACUCCGCACUGUGCGUGGUGCGCUGCUCCUAAUUUCCGUGAGCUGAGAUGCUUUCUGCCAAAUAUAAAUACGAAAAUAUUUGCUACCUGCCCAGAACAAUACACCUGGAAUCCAGAUAAUGUGUAUAGUAUGCUACGGUAUGCUGAACUAACAAAAGGUGGUUAUUCUACUUCGGGGGGUGGCUAUGAGUACAACUCCUCUUCUUCCUCUUCCUCAUCAUCAUCCUCUUCUUCUUCGUCUUCGUCUUCAUCAUCCUCCUCCUCCGGCAGUGCUAGCGGCAGUCGGCGCCAGGAGGCUAUUCAAAUCUGGCCCCAAGAAGUAAAUCUGACACUAAGGAUAAAUGAAGCAUACCGGAUGUCGUUCGUUUACUCCCAAGCUGAGGAUUACCCAGUUGACUUGUACUAUCUUAUGGACUUGAGCAAAUCCAUGGAGGAUGAUAAAAAAAAAUUGUCAGAUUUGGGGCAAUUGCUGGUAGAGAGUAUGAGCAGAAUAACCAGCAAUUUUCGAUUGGGAUUUGGAAGCUUUGUAGAUAAAGUGGUUAUGCCCUAUGUCAGUGUUGUACCUAAGGCUCUUGAAGAACCAUGCACAGGAUGCGUGAAACCAUAUGGCUACAAAAACAUCAUGGAAUUGUCGCAGAAUACUAGCGUUUUUGCUGAUUUGGUUCGUCAGGCUUCCGUGUCUGGAAAUCUAGAUGCUCCCGAAGGAGGAUUUGAUGCAAUAAUGCAGGCUAUUGUGUGUCGAAACGAGAUAGGUUGGCGUUCCAAGGCUCGUAGGCUCUUAGUAUUUUCAACAGACGCUGGCUUCCAUUAUGCUGGAGAUGGUAAACUUGGAGGUAUUGUGAAACCAAAUGAUGGAAAGUGCCACCUCGAUACUACUGGGCUUUACACCCAGUCAUCCUCCCAAGAUUAUCCCAGUAUAUCUCAGAUCAACCUCAAGGUCAAGGAAAAUGCUAUCAACAUUAUUUGGGCUGUAACAGAGACUCAAAUAAAUAUUUACAAACGGCUUACAAAACACAUCGAAGGCUCUUUUGCUGGAACACUGAAAGAUGAUUCUAGUAACGUUGUUCAGUUGAUUCGGGAACAAUACGAUGCUAUUUCAAGUUCAGUUGAAAUGAAGGAUACAGCCAGUAGCAGUAUAAAAGUAAGAUACUAUUCAAGCUGCUUAGGAGAGGGGGAUCCAAUCGAAACGUCGAAAUGCGAUAAUCUUAAAGUUGGGACCAAGGUUGAGUUCUUUGCUGAAAUAGAGGUUACCAGUUGUCCUAAAAAUAGAUCUGAAUGGCACCAAAGUUUUGAAAUUUAUCCAGUCGGAAUCAACGAAACUCUGACCGUUAAUCUUCAUAUGUUGUGUGAUUGUGAUUGUGAACAACCUUCACACCCUAUGUAUGAGGAAAGAUCUCCUCAAUGUAAUUCAAUGGGAACCCUAAAGUGUGGUGUUUGCGACUGUCUUGACAAACACUUUGGAAAGAAAUGCGAAUGCACGCCGCUUGGAACGACCGGUACUUUCAGUACAGGAUUUGAUAAAUACUAUCAGGCUUGCAGACCAGAUAACACUUCUCUAGUCGAUUGCUCUGGAAGAGGUUCUUGUACCUGUGGACAAUGUGAAUGCGACGAGAGAGAAAACAAGGAGGAGAUAAUUUCAGGACCAUUCUGUGAAUGUGAUAACUUCUCCUGCGAUCGAUAUCAGGGAGCUCUCUGCUCCAAUCAUGGAACCUGUCACUGUGGUCAAUGUGUAUGUGACAAAGAGUGGACUGGUCCAUCCUGCCGUUGCCCAUCGUCGAACCAGACCUGUAUUGCGCCAGGAACCACUAAUGGGCUUCCCUGCUCAGGCCGGGGUAAAUGUGAAUGCGGAGAAUGUAUUUGUGACGAAGAGGUUAAUUCUCGUUACACCGGGAAAUUCUGUGACAAAUGUCCCACCUGUCCCGACCGUUGUGAGGAGUUAAGAGCUUGCGUACAAUGCCAAGUUUACGGUACUGGUAAUUAUACAAAAACAGACUGUCAGGAAAAGUGCGUCGAAUUCAAAACCGAAACAGUUAAAACGAUUAGUGGGGAGGUCGCAGAUGAGGAAACGUUCUGUCCAUUCACUGACGAGGAUGAUUGUUUGAAUAAAUUUAUUUACUACUACAACGACACAAACACCUUAGUCGUAAAAGCACAGAGCCAAAGAGAAUGCCCAACACAAGUUUAUAUGCUGGGAAUAGUACUGGGCGUUAUAGCCGCUAUCGUGCUCAUUGGCUUAGCAUUCUUGCUUCUCUGGAAAUUAUUGACAACUAUUCAUGAUCGCAGGGAAUUUGCGCGAUUUGAAAAAGAGAGGAUGAUGGCAAAAUGGGACACUGGCGAAAAUCCUAUUUAUAAGCAAGCAACAUCGACUUUCAAGAACCCUACUUAUGUUGGAAAAUAAUUUUAGAACAAAACCGAGUUCUUCGAAUAAUAUCUGAGAAAUUUUAUGGCAAUUCAGCCUACCGCGAAAUCUCAAUAAUUCUUUAUCAGUACCUAAUGGGUAUCUGAUAUUACAGUAGUUUGAGCCUGAAAGAUGCCAUUUCUUGCAAGCUUCUUCGUUCAGGUGCUGCACUCUUGUAACAAACGUGACUCCACUUCACUGUAAAAACAACCAGCCAGCAGUAGUUGAUUAGAUAGAAUUUUGCUCUUGUAAAAAGUAAAAAGACUCUAAUCCGCAAUAAGAUACUCAAAAAAUAGGUACUUUCAAUGCAGCACACGCUCUAAUUGUAUCGUUAUUCAAACUCUCCUGCUUUGUGUAUAAUUUCUGCUAUAUUCUUAGCUUAUCCGUCAAAAUUUCUUGCACCCAAGUCUACUUUACUGUCUUUAGCUCAAAUUGAUGAUACGUAUGAUGGAUCCGAUUAUCCAACUACCAUAGAAAAAGUGAUUGUCACUGUUUUAAUCAGGAGUUUAAAUGUGCCAUCUGUCAAGCACUACCUUGUUCUCAAUUGAAGAAAAAUAUUUUAAUGGCGCUAUUUAUUUAAUUUUUCAAGCUACUGUGUUAAAAGUACUGCCGUAAUACUUAAGCUUCGUUAAAUUUACUGUGGUGUUCACGCAAAAAAUUCUCUUAUAGCCAUUUUACAAUACUUAUCGGUUCAUAUCAUCUUAGAUAGUCGACCAAUUUUGAUCCAAAAUUCAUCGAGUCCCACGUAGGAGCUACUGAAUUAUAUCGAUGUUCAGUACAUUAGUGUUUAUUGAAACUCUGAAGCUAAAGUGCCUUCGAAUACGUCUAGUAAGCGGAGAUUCUUGAAUAAUAGUGGCGUAUUUUAAUUAUAAUUUUUUUUACCAUUCAUAUCUGUGCCUAGCACAGUAAUCAUUCUAGAUAACUGCAUAUUAGUUACCUAAUUUAAAUUUCUUUUGUAAAAAUUAGGUCACAAGUUCGUGUUUCAUUCAUCGUAUUAACCUUAUUCUUAAUUUAUUAAAAUGGCCUUGUUGCAAAUAACAAUUAAAAUAUAUUAUAGAAAAGUUGAAGUGUUUUAUAAUCAUGCAUGUAUAUUCUAUUGAAAGGGUCUCUGUGCGCACAAUAUUGGUUACGUAUACUGAUGAUAUUAAUACUAAUUGUAAAAAAGGUACGUAUUUGCAUGAUGACCAUGCAAAUCUUUUUUUAUAAUUCUAUACCAAGUGAAAUUUUAUAUAUUAAUACGAUAAACGGGUUCAUAUGUUCUAAUAAAGUGCGCAUAAAUGAUGAUGCUACAUUGUUAUGUAUUGAGCUUGUGCUUUGACAUUUGGAUUGUUUCUUUUUAUAUGAGGUGUUAAAAAGAUCGUUAAAAAUCGCCUUCAGUUAAACACGGUGUUCUUUGUUUGAACCUUCGAACUGAAGUCUAAUAAUUGAGAUUUUCAUUCAUCAUUUUCUAAGAUAUUACAGACAUUACGAAUUAUCAGACAAGAUUCAAUUCCGCUUUAGCUAUAUUUUAUGUAAUAUGAUGAAGGUAGAUUAUUAUUAUUAUUUGAUACUGACUUCAAAGUGUCAACGUCGUGUACGCUGACAAAUUGUAACAUCUAUAUAUCAUUAUUUAUCAAUUUUAUAACGUUUUAUUUUAUUAAUUAUUAAAGUAUAUCCUGAGAAUGCGAACAAUUUAGAAUGUACGGGAGCGAACCAAUUUUGUAAACAAUGACAGCAUGUCUGCGUACGAAUGUUGUGAAAAAAAGUUUCGAAAUUAAUAAAAAUCUAUACUUAGCUUUCA